CCGAGGAGGAUACCAACCGAGGAACAGAAACAACGGUUGGGUCGACCACACAGAAAGGGACCAUAAUGACAAGCUCGACAAGGUCUGGGGUUGGUUCUCGGAUAAGAUGGCGACCAAGGAGAGGGAGAAGCGAGAAAAAGAGAAGGCGAUGAGAGAGGAGAAAGAAAGGAAGAAAGUGCAGCUUGCGGAAGAAGAGAAAGCUAAGGCUAAACUUGAACGUGAAGAAUUUGAGAAGAAAUUGGGGAGCGUUGUUAAGAGUAACAUGAAAGAAGUUUGUGAGGAAGUACUAGGUAAGAAAGCUUCGACGAGUACUGAGGCAGUGACUAGUGCUGGUGAGGAGAUUAGAAGAAAGGAGCAGGAAAGCAGAUGGAGGAGUGAAGAUGCAGCGACACAGGAAGAAAGGAUGAAGCACACUGAGAAGGAACUCGAAACUCUCAGGAAGGAGAAUGAAAAACUGCAGUCACUGGUACGAGACAAAGGUAGUGGGGAACUCCAUACACUGAUCAAGGAUAAUCAAGCGCUGGUUUAUGACAUGCUAGCUCUACGUGAUGAAGUGGAGAGCCUCAAGCGUGGUAGUAAACGCGGUGCAGAGGUGGUUACUGAGAGAAGUCCACCUGCUGAGCCGGUACGAGGCAAGCCAAAGUCGUCCGCGGAUGGGCAGACGCCUGCAGAAUGGGCCAAGAUGGUCGAAGCGUACAAACGAUUGCGAGAUGAUAAGGACAUGGCCAAAAGGGAGCUGGAGACGCUAUGCAAAGACGAGCAGAUCGACUACGUCGGUAUCAAGAAGACGGCCAGUGAACUCGCCUGGAUCUACACGGCUAGGGUUUUCGGCAAUUCCCUGAAGAAGCGAUCUCUCAGUGAUGAUGAUGAUGCUCUUGAAGAUGACGACACCUCUGUGGACAUCGCUGCCGCACCAACGGAGGACCAGACCACCUCCGAUACCUCGAGUCUCGAACAUGCAAGGGCAUGCGACAUGGGAAUCCCAAUGACAGUGGCCAAUAAGACCGGGCGCUAUCCCAACAGCGCGAUCGAGGUGUAUAUUGUGGCCACUGAGGUCUCCACUGGCCGUCAAGGAGCUCUGCUACGGAACGGGAAGUUCGUCCCGUGCGCGGAGGCCGCCAUUCGCCCCGAUGGCUUCGCCGACAUCGGUAUCCGUCUCGCCGGCGAUGGCGAUACCGAUUUCGUCCUCACGGCGGGGCUUUCCGGCCGCGUGUACUUCGCUAUCAACGCCCCGCUGUGCUUCCGCGUUGUGCAAGCUGGCGACCGCCGCGCCUUCCAGUAUCCCGCUGGGUGGAACAGUGGGGAUCCCAAUUUCGCCGUCCUGCACGACUUCAUCGAGUUCACUUUUAACGACGGCAUGUUUUGCAACACCACCAUGGUGGACAUGUUCAGCAUCCCGUUAUCGAUAGAGCUGACCGGGGAGGAGAAACAAACGCAGACGACGGGAUCUCUCGUUCCAGGCGGUCGGGAUCGCAUCUUCUCCUCCAUCAAAGCCCUGCCAGAGUUCUCACGUCUGGUGGUCGGUGACAACCUACGAGUCGUCGCCCCAAGCCACGGCAUCGAGAUGGGGCGCUUCUCGGCGUCGUACUACGACGCCUACGUGGAGCGGGUAUGGCAGCGCUACAGCCAGCGGGACCUGGUGGUCACGACCGGGAGCCGGACAGUGACGGGCAGGGUGCGUGGGGGGGAGCUGCAGUUCACGGGAGGGGUGGCCGCGUUCCGCCGCCCGAGCACGAGGGACGUGCUCUUCUGCGACGGCGCGCUCGCCGCGCCUAACGACGGCCGCACUGGACCGGUCGCUGCCGUGCUGGGCGCCGCCUUCAAUCGCGGCACGUUGCUCGACCAGUCGUCGCAGCCAACGACCGAUCCCUCGCGCUUAUACCCGGUGAACGAUACGUCCAAUCACUACGCACGGGUAAUGCACGAGAACACCACGGACGGGAACGCCUACGGCUUCGCCUUCGACGACGUGGCCGACUUUGCCUCCUACAUCAACGAGAGGAAACCCCAGGCGAUCAAGAUAACGCUGACACCAUUCGGACGGGAUCCGGGUGCUUUGACACCAUUCCGACGGGAUCGGGGUGCUUUCGGAGAGAUUUUGUGCGACAGCUUCCAUGACCAGAGGGGCACUGCAACUGAGCCGUCGUCCGAGGGAGGGCGGAAUGUCGGCUUCAUCGCAGAUGGCGAUUGGCUAGAGUACCGCGACGUGGACUUCGGCCGCCGCGCCGCAGAAGGGGUCGCGGUCCGCGUGGCAUCUGGCGCACCAGCUGGCGUGUCUGGAUUUGUGGAUGUUCAGCUGGACAGUCGCGCCGCACCCCCCGUGGCCUCCAUUCCUGUGCAGAACACCGGAGGUUGGCAGUCAUGGCGGACGUCUUCCGCCAACCUCUCCUCCCCCGUCUCUGGGAGGCGUGUCGUCUUUCUCAAGUUCCGCAGCGGACAGCCGCAAGAAUUCGUGAACGUGCGAUUCUUCAGGUUCCUCCCUUAGGGAUGCUUUCGGAACGAUUGCCGCGGCCAGCUUCGACGCCCAAUCCGGAACGCAAACCGAGCCUAGCUCGGAGGGUGGCCUUAAUGUCGGCUUCAUUGCAAAUGGCGACUGGCUGGAGUACCGCGGAGUGAACUUCGGCACACGCACUGCCCGACGAUUCAGGGCUCGCGUAGCUUCGGAUGCCGGACCUCGCGUGUCGGGAGUGGUGGAGGUGAGGCUCGGCGAUCGUACUGCAGCCCCGGUGGGAGUCGUCGACGUGGCCGACACUAGGGGCUGGCAGUCCUGGCUGAAUGCUACGGGGGGUGACCUCACAAGCCCCGUCUUUGGUAUCCAAACCGUGUUUCUCACGUUCUCGAGUCAGCAGCCCGGCGAUUUCGUUAACGUUCUCUCUUUCACAUUCUCCGACUGAAUCUGACAAGUUGCAAACGCCAUGAAUGAAUGCCACGUGGCAUC